UCAGGGAGGGGAGAAAAGAGACAGCAACAAGUGCGAUGGUUAUACACUGCUUUGCUUUUCUGACUUUUGGGAAAGGAUUUAACGACACAUGAGCCGUCUCCCAUAUAAAGAAUAAGGACGUUAUUAUUACUACUUUAUUUUUUUUUUUUAAUUACGACGCCUUUUAUUUCGACGGGAACUUGCUCAGUUAACGAAUCAACAUGCCCCGGUCAUUUCUGGUGAAAAACAAACGAUGCAUGUCCUUCAAUGUUCACCGGUCAUAUGAAGAUGAGCCGAAGGCCCCGAUAUGUACAGAAGUCCCACCGGCGGUUCAGAGCACAGACUCUUCAGACAGGCCUCGGUCAGAGAAGCAGUUUCCCGAUCCAGAUCGCAGUUCAUUAAAAAAGGAGGAGACAGAGCUUGCGUGUCCCUUACCUGUUCAUCCAGAGCCGACCAGACCUCCUGCAGCUCCCACACAGCCAUACUUCCUAACUGAGCCUCACAUGGCAGAAUUCCCUCCUUACUACACAUAUGCCUGGGAGCCGAUGCAUUCCUCCUACGAGCUCCGUCAGAUGAGUUUCAGCCCCACCGUGCUGCAGCAUGCCAGCUCUCUGUACGGCAGCCACAUCAGCCGCAGCCCACAGCCUCAGCAGCCUCUGGACUGCAGCACACACUACUCCCCCACCUCUGACACCUACCACUGUAUCACCUGCGACAAGGUGUUCUCAACGCCCCACGGACUGGAGGUUCACGUCAGGAGGUCGCACAGUGGGACGAGACCUUUCGGCUGCAGCAUCUGCAGAAAAACCUUCGGUCACGCAGUCAGUCUGGAGCAACACAUGAAUGUCCACUCUCAGGAAAAAAGCUUCGAGUGCAAGAUGUGUGGGAAAUCAUUCAAGCGCUCCUCCACCCUCUCCACACACCUGCUCAUCCACUCGGACACCAGGCCUUACCCCUGCCAGUACUGCGGCAAGAGGUUCCACCAGAAGUCCGAUAUGAAGAAGCACACGUACAUUCACACUGGUGAAAAGCCGCACAAAUGCCAAGUGUGUGGUAAAGCAUUCAGCCAAAGCUCCAACCUGAUCACCCACAGCAGGAAGCACACAGGCUUCAAACCGUUUGGAUGUGACAUUUGUUCCAAGGGCUUCCAGCGUAAGGUGGAUCUCCGCCGGCACCACGAGAGCCAGCAUGGCAUGAAGUGAAAGCCAAACUCAACAGUAGCAAGUGUUUUCUACACAUGUACAAUUAAUUUCUGUUUCUGAAACGACCAGCUGAUGUUAAUGUAACCUGAAUAUCUUUACAGAGAAAAGCACAAGAAUAAGAAAGCUGUGAAAUCAAAUUCUGAUUGAAGGCAAUUUAACUUAAGAAAAAUGUCAUCUGUGUCACAAAGAAAUUGAGCAGUUAAUUAGAAUGUAUUUAAUUAAUAUAUUGGAAGUUGUCUUCUUUCAAAGAUGUGUUUAUAUGUGGAUGAAUGGGAGAUUUGCUGAUGUAAUUUUUGAUUUCUUAUAUUUAAUUUAAAAUAUGCUUGAGCAAUGUAAAUUAGCCUGAUUCUGUAUGUGAGUUGAUAAAUGCUUUCCUUUGAAAAAUAAAAUGUGAA